AUGAAUGAAUCUGAUCCAGCAAGUUCUUUCUCCUUACAAAGAACUAGGAAACUCCUUGUUGUAGCGACGAGUCAGAAGAAUUCUGAUAGAAAGAACCCAUCUCAACAUUUUUGGCGGUGACGCACGUUCUCAUGGUUUUUGAUAAGUCUUCUAUCUUGUGGUACCUUAGCUAUCAUGAGCUGUCACCUGACCAAUGGAGGUUGAACUGACUGUUACUGGAGUACAACGCUGUUACAAGCCUAGUCCAGGACAGAUCGACCUUUCUAAUUCUCCCUAGGAUGCUAGUGGACCCUUUUUAACUCUUGAUAACACGAGAUCUAAAUAGUUGGGAUAGCUAACGAUAUGGGAGGUGACGACCUUGCAGCGGAAGCUGCAGCACUAAAACAGAAAAUAAGGGAUUGUAGAAAGGAAAUGUGUGAUACUCAGCUUAUCAACGAGACGGGCGACAUCGAGACCAUCAAGUUGACUCUUCGUGUUAGGAAAACUCUGAGAGGUCAUCUGUCAAAGGUGUACGCGAUGGACUGGGCUGAGGACAGCCGACACCUUGUCUCAGCUAGUCAGGAUGGUAAACUCAUAGUUUGGGACGCAUACACCGCCAACAAGGUCCACGCUAUUCCACUUCGUUCUUCGUGGGUCAUGACCUGCACCUACGCUCCUUCCGGAAACUUCGUUGCGUGCGGUGGCUUGGACAAUCUAUGUUCUAUAUAUAACUUGAAGACUAAAGAAGGCAACGUCAAAGUAACAAGGGAGUUGGCGGGACACAAUGGUUACUUAUCAUGUUGUAGGUUCAUUUCUGAUAAGCAGAUUCUUACUUCCUCAGGUGACACGACGUGUGCCUUGUGGGAUAUAGAGACUGGACAGCAAACUACCGCGCUGGUGGGACACGAGGGCGAUGUCAACUGCAUCUCUCUUGCUCCUGACGGCAACACAUUCAUAUCAGGAUCCUGUGAUACAUCGUCCAAACUAUGGGAUAUUCGAGACGGUAUGGCAAACCAGACCUUCUACGGGCACGAACUGGACAUAAACGCUAUUUCUUUCAUGUCUAACGGACUAAACUUUGCGACGGGCAGUGACGAUGCAACCUGUCGAAUGUUCGACAUCCGGUCAGACCAGGAAGUUGCCUGCUACGGAGGUGAACACAUCAUCUGUGGGAUCACUUCCGUUGCUUUUAGCAAGAGUGGCAGGGUCCUCUUUGCUGGGUAUGAUGAUUUUAAUUGUCAUGUCUGGGACGUGUUGAAAUUGGAACGAGCCGCCCAAUUGAUGGGGCACGAGAACAGAGUAAGCUGCUUGGGGGUCAAUGAGGAGGGUGUGGCUCUCUGUACUGGAAGCUGGGAUAGUUUCCUCAAAAUCUGGAAUUAGGGGGACUUUGUAUGUCAUAAUAUACACUGACUAUCCCAUAUAUAUAUCAGGCCCUGUAAUACUUGUCUCUUAAAACUGUAAGAAUUCUGAAAGUGUAAAAGGUACAAUAAUAAUCAUUACUUAUACUCACCUACUCUCAAUGUAUGAACUUAAUGUAUAUCAUAUCUUGGCAAUUCGGUAUUUGGUCAUAUCUUGGCAAUUCGGUAUUUGGUCAUAUCUUGGCAAUUAGGCAUUUGGGAAUUUGUAGAUACUGUAUUAAGUUAAUUCAUCAUAUCAUAGAGGUCAUGUUCAGUAUUCACAGUAGAAUUAGCACCGUGGUGUACCUACCUACCUACCUAUUGGUAGUGUGUUACCAUGUUUACUUACUGGUGUGCCUACCUACCUAUUGGUAGUGUGUUACCAUGGUUACUUACUGGUGUGCCUACCUACCUAUUGGUAGUGUGUUACCAUGGUUACUUACUGGUGUGCCUACCUACCUACCUAUUGGUAGUGUGUUACCAUGGUUACUUACUGGUGUGCCUACCUACCUAUUGGUAGUGUGUUACCAUGGUUACUUACUGGUGUGCCUACCUACCUACCUAUUGGUAGUGUGUUACCAUGGUUACUUACUGGUGUGCCUACCUACCUACCUAUUGGUAGUGUGUUACCAUGGUUACUUACUGGUGUGCCUACCUACCUACCUAUUGGUAGUGUGUUACCAUGGUUACUUACUGGUGUGCCUACCUACCUAUUGGUAGUGUGUUACCAUGUUUACUUACUGGUGUGCCUACC